GGGGGCGGGAGGCAGGGCCGGGGCCGCCUCUGCUCCUCGGUCGCAGGCGCCGCGCUCGCUGCCGGGCUCCCCCCCCCCUUCCCAACCCCCGGCUCCCCCCCGCGGCCCCGGCGGAGGCUCCGGUAUGGCGGGGCCGGGGCCCGGCGGCCGCCGGUGCUGAGCGGGGCGGGCGCGGAGCCGGUGCCGCAGAACCGCCGCGGCGGAGGGAGGUCGGUCACCAUGGGCUCGGUGGGAGCCGAGCGCUUGAAGGAGCUGAGCCCAGCGGGGACGCCGGAGGGCAACGUGGUGAUGAGCUUCAGCUUUGACAGUUACCAGCUGGAGGAGGAAGAGCUGCAGCGGGGCAGCCAGGCCAAGGGCGUCCUCACCUUCAUGGAGCCGGUUUCUGAUGAUCCCGAGCCCCAGGAUCGAUACCAUGGGAUUUACUUUGCCAUGCUGCUGGCCGGAGUGGGAUUUCUCUUGCCGUACAACAGCUUUAUCACCGAUGUGGACUACCUGCACCAUAAAUACCCAGGGACCUCCAUCGUCUUUGACAUGAGCCUCACCUACAUCCUGGUGGCCUUGGUGGCCGUCAUCCUCAACAACGCGCUGGUGGAGCUGCUGAGCUUGCACACCCGCAUCUCCGUGGGCUAUCUCUUUGCCCUGGGGCCCCUGCUCUUUGUCAGCAUCUGCGACGUCUGGCUGGAGCUCUUCAGCCGCAGGCAAGCCUACGCCAUCAACCUGGUCGCUGUCGGGGUGGUGGCCUUUGGCUGCACAGUGCAGCAAUCCAGCUUCUAUGGCUACACGGGGCUGCUGCCCAAGCGCUACACACAGGGAGUGAUGACGGGCGAGAGCACUGCUGGGGUCAUCAUCUCGCUCAGCCGUAUCUUCACCAAGCUGCUGCUGUCAGACGAGAAGGAGAACACGGUCAUCUUCUUCUUCAUCUCCAUCGGCAUGGAGCUGACGUGCUUCAUCCUCCACCUCCUGGUGAAGCGCACCCGCUUCGUCCGCUACUACACAGCCUGCUCCCGCAAGGGUCUCCCCGAGACUCGGGGGCCCAAAGACCCUGGGACGGGCUACCGCGUCCACCAUGAUGUCACCGCUGAGGACAUCCGAUUUGAGAACCAGCAGCGAGGGCAGCCGAGCUCCCCCCGGGGCAGCCCGGGCCCUGAAGCUGAGCUGGCUGGCAGUGGCACCUACAUGCGCUUCGAUGUCCCUCGGCCCAAAAUCAAGAGGAGCUGGCCCAGCUUCAGAGACAUGCUGCUCCACCGCUACGUCGUGUCCCGGCUCAUCUGGGCCUACAUGCUCUCCAUCGCCAUGACCUACUUCAUCACUCUGUGCCUCUUCCCUGGGCUGGAGUCAGAGAUCCACAACUGCACGCUGGGGGAAUGGCUCCCCAUCCUCAUCAUGGCCAUCUUCAACCUCUCCGACUUCGUCGGCAAGAUCCUGGCUGCCCUGCCCUAUGACUGGAGAGGGACCCACCUCCUCAUCUACUCCUGCCUCCGCGUGGUUUUCAUCCCCCUCUUCAUCAUGUGCGUCUACCCCAACGGGAGGCCCACCUUUGGCCACCCGGCCUGGCCCUGCAUCUUCUCCCUCCUCAUGGGCAUCACCAACGGCUACUUCGGCAGCGUCCCCAUGAUCCUGGCUGCUGGCAAAGUGAGCCCCGAGCAGCGGGAGCUGGCAGGGAACACCAUGACAGUGUCCUACAUGACAGGCUUGACGCUGGGCUCGGCCGUGGCGUAUUUUGCCUACAGCCUCACCAGUACAUCCCACAGUACCUGUUUCUACACCGAAACCUCCAACGGCUCCUUUACAUCUGGGUACUGAGCCCCAGGGCGGGGCGAUGGGGACAAGGUGGGUCCUGCUUCCCACCGUGGUCCCCAACGCCCCGCUUGGCUCACGUCCCUCCUCGGGGACGAUGCCCAAAGCCAGAAAGCUGCCCCAGGGCGGACAGGGACCGGGCUCCCGCUGGCACGGUGCUGCCCAGCCAGGUGCUGUCCAGGGCCACUUCUUGGGGUGAUAUUCUCCUCACCCCGGGGUGCAGUCCCAUUGCUCUUUUUUUGGGGGGGGGGGGGGGUGAGCUCCACCUCAGCAAUGUGUAGCUCUCCGGUGGAGGCAGGGGGAGGGUCUUCUCCUGUUUGAGCCAAGCCAUUCCCAGGAGGAAGAAAAUACUGCCAAAUCCCAAAGAGAAUAGGACCAGCACUGGGGAGAAGGGUGAUGGAAGGCUGGUGAGGCGGAGGAAGAGCAAAAAAGGAAAGAAACACUCCUUCAGUCCCCAGUGGCUCUGGGAAGGUGGGUCUCACUUUCAUUGAUGGUGCUGCAGGUUUUCACUAAGAGUGGCUUGAAAUCACGCUCCCUCCCCAAAUAUGCCAAUCGUUGUGUAAAAGACCCAAUUCACUUCUGCUGGUUGGAAAGAAAAUACCUUUUUUAUUUUCCUUGUGUCUUGUUUCCCCCACCUCGCUAACUGUGAGCGAGGCAGGCUCCUGCCUCCCUUCCACCCCACGCUGCUGGUGUGCUCUGGGCGGGGGGUGUCUCAAAGGACACAGCACUGCAGAUGCCACCCAGGGCCAGUGCUGAGCUUCAGGACUUAUCUCAAGGGACAUAAAUGAAGCUGACACCAGAUUAAAUGUCUUUACAACGAUGCCUGGUCAUUAGCAGUGCCAGCGGCACGGCCCCAGCACUCAGCUGCUGGCGAUGGCCUGGGCUGAUUUACAGCCAGGGGGAUGCCUGCGGCCUGUCCUGGGGGGGUCUUGGGGUGUCCCUUGUGCUGCUCCCCAUCUCCAGGGUCCCCUCUGCCACCCGGACGUGUCACCAGGUGCCAUCACACCCCCGCCAGCCUGCAAACCGCUGCUGGAGCGCACCGCCUUUACGGGCGGCAAGCGGGAGAGGGAACGGGCUGCGGGGAGCAGAAACCAGCUGGAGAAGGUGCCAACACCCGAGGCUGCUCCUUUUUGGGAGGGUGCUGCCUCCCAAGGAAGCAAAGCCCAAGGGCUGGAGGAUCUCACCAUGCCCACCCCCCCCCCCCCAAUCACUGGAGGAUCUCACCAUGCCAAGCCCCUGGCUGGCUGAAGCGCAGCUCACACCAAAAAGAGCAAAUCCAGCGUUUCCUCCUCAACGCGUUGUCCCUGCAGGGCUCGGGGUAAGGGAGUCGGCCCGAGGGUGGUCGCAGGGGAAGGAUUCGCACCUCCUGCCCCACAGGGACCUUCCAGCCCGGGGUCCCAUCGUGUCCCUCAGUGCCACCCUGCGGGGGCACUGCCAGAGGGACAGGGUGUCCCCACAGAGCCCCAGACCCAAGGCAGGGGCUGAGCCAAAAAGCGAUCAUUGUCACCAAAGGGAGAAAAACCCCACAGUCAGGACAAGCGAGACAAAGAAAGAUGCUUUCUUGGGUUGCUUUUUUUUCAAUUAAUUUUUUUUUUUUUUUUUUUUUAUGAAAAAAGAUCACACGGAGUUCUCCAACAAACAGAAUGCCAAAAAAAUUGUUUUAAACAAAACAUAAACAAAACAAAACAAAAAAAAAAGACAAAAACCUGGCUCUCCUUUCCUCUCGAUUGUCUGAAAUAUCCUUGUGUUCCAUAGAAGGCAGUGGGUUUUAAGUGCUUUCUAUUUAACAUUAGCAUAAAAUCUCUCUCGCGCGCUCUCUCGCUCUUUAAAAUAUGCUCACACAAUUUGCUUCUAGAAGUACAGUACACUUUGAGCGUGGGGGGGGUGUGCCUGUUCCCAGAUCAUUUACAAUCACAAUCCAACAGGAAAUAAAAAAUAAUAUUCUAAACGUCA